CCAUAGCCUGAUAGCCUCUGUGUUGUUUUCAGUUUCAUGGGGAUCGAACACUAACAAGAGGUACGAACAGCUCAGGUUUCACGAGCCAACGUUUUAACAGAGCUCCCCGAUCUCAUAAUAUUAUUAACUUCCCUUUACCUAAUUUUCGAUUAUAUUCCCGAGAAAGUUAGAAACGGGGAGCUUUUCAUUGUAAUUAUUCGCUCCAUCACACCACAUCUUCUUUCGUUUUUCUGCAUUUGAGUUUCUGCGUUCGUUGUUGGAACCCGCGGCUUUCGAGCUUUGAUUUUUCAUCAAUGCACCCUGCAAUGUCGCAAAAAUUUCCCAAACCCAUUCUUCUUUUGUGAUGCGGAUCCCACAUUGUAGAAAGUUGGCGCUUGCAUCGGUGAGCGAGAUUUAGGGUUUCUAAUCCCGCCGCUUGCUUCCCCUUUCGUGGCUCGUGCUGAGUUUUGUCUCAAGGAUUGAAUUGAUUCUUCAUGGGUUCAAUCUGAACAAGCUUGUAUAGAUUGUAGCUACUCAUCGCUAUGCUGAAGCAAUUUCUCAGCAAGCUUCCUCGGAAGCCAUCCAAAUCCGACUCGAACGAGUCAAAUCGGGGCGACUCUUCUCGUUUCAGUCCCUCGCAGGACACUUCAGCGCGCAUUACCGGGAGGAGCAAUCGCUCAAAUGUCGGGAACUCUUCCGGUCGAUACAACACUGCCAAACGCACUUCUUCGUCAGCAGUUUUCCCCGCGAGCAUCGUGUCUGGGAUCGAACCCUUAGUUCCGUUCAAAGAUGUACCCAAUGCGGAGAAGAUGAACCUGUUUGUAAGCAAAUUGAGCCUUUGUUGUGUUACUUUCGAUUUUACUGACCCCGUUAAAAAUACCGUUGAGAAAGAUGUCAAGAGAAAAACUUUGCUUGAACUUGUUGAUUUUGUGGAUUCUGGUUCGAUGAAAUUUAGUGAGCACGCUAUCUUUGCUAUGUGCAAAAUGUGUGCCAUCAAUCUCUUUAGAGUUUUCCCUCCUAAUUAUCGGUCAAAUGGGAAGCGUAGUGCUGGUGGCGAGAAUGAUGAUGAUGAGCCCAUGUUUGAUCCUGCCUGGCCACAUUUACAGAUUGUAUAUGAUUUGCUCCUUAAAUUUAUUACUUCUUCUUGCCUUGAUGCUAAGGUGGCGAAGAAAUACUUCGAUCAUUCAUUUAUUUCGAAGUUGCUUGACUUGUUCGACUCAGAGGAUCCAAGGGAAAGAGACUGCUUAAAGACAAUACUGCAUAGGGUUUAUGGAAAGUUCAUGGUGCAUAGGCCCUAUAUCCGAAAAUCUUUCAACAAUAUAUUUUAUCGGUUUGUGUUUGAGACUGAAAAACACAAUGGAAUUGCUGAGUUGUUGGAGAUUUUUGGGAGCAUAAUUAGUGGGUUUGCUUUACCUUUGAAAGAGGAGCACAAGAUUUUCUUGUGGAGGGUUUUGAUCCCCUUGCACAAGCCAAAAUCCGUGGGGCUCUAUUUUCAGCAGUUGUCCAACUGUGUCAUACAGUUUAUAGAGAAGGAGCCGAAAUUAGCGAGCACCGUGAUAAGAGGUUUAUUAAAAUAUUGGCCGAUAACAAAUAGUCAGAAAGAGGUGAUGUUCUUGGGUGAAUUGGAGGAGAUUUUGGAAGCAAUCAACAUGGUCGAGUUCCAAAGGGUCAUGGUCCCAUUGUUUUGGCGGAUUGGGUGCUGCAUUAACAGCUUGCACUUUCAGGUAGCUGAAAGAGCGCUUUUCUUAUGGAAUAACGACCAUAUUGUCAACUUGAUUGCGCAUAAUCGUCAGGUGAUCCUUCCCAUCAUAUUUCCAUCUUUGGAGAGGAACUCUCAGAACCACUGGAAUCAUGCGGUGCUCAAUUUAACCCUUAACAUUAGAAAAAUGUUCUUGGAGAUGGAUGAGAAGCUCUUCCUGUCCUGUCAUUCGAGCUUUAAGGAGGAAGAGGCAGCCCUAAGUUUAGCAGCUGAGCAGCGAAAGGAAGCAUGGAAAAGACUAGAGCAUGCAGCCAGUCUGCAGCCUGUAAUUGGAAAUACUGCAGUGUUGGUGUCUCCUUAAAUGACCAGAGUUGCAUGUUUUCCCAGUCCUUUUCAUUUUCUCUCUGUAUGGAGGAAAACUUCUCCACGAGAAAUGUGGAAAUGGCUGUUAUGGGAACUGCCAUUUCUUUUCACUGCAUUAUACGCCUCCUGGAAUCUGGCUUUCGUGGCAGCCCGAUGUUGUAAGAUGGUUUUGAUUGCAACUAUGAGAGAUGUAAUUCACAACCUCAUUCUCUAAAGUGAUGAAAAGGAUCAUGCUGUGGUAGAUGGAAUGACUUUCUUCCGUAAAAGCUAGUUUCCAAAAUCUUCUCAACUUGCUCUGUGUGCGUGCGUGUAACUCUAAAGCCAAGGCUACGGCUGGUAGGCAAGUGGGCGGAUUUGCAGCUUAGUUGAUCUUUCAUUAAUAGAUAUGUAUAGUGCUUAUUUGACUAUCUACACUCCUAACUGUUUAUCAAUUAAUCAAGGGCAUCUCCCACUUGUCUCUAA